CGUAGCUGGGAUCAGCCCUGUGUUGAGAGAGACUUCGAUAAUGGUCCGUCCGGAUUCGUCUUGUUAUGCUUGGUGGGGCCGAUACAUGAAUAACAACUCGUUCUGCACGUACCCUUUAGACAACGGUUAUGCCCAAGGCGACACCGGUGGGCCGUUUAUGUACAAGAAUCCCAUUGGAUUUUGGCAAGAUGUCGGGAUCGCUGCCGCGUUGGAUUACUCGGCGAAAGGGAUAUUCGUGAAGACGGCGCUUUACGUGAAGAACUUCAUCAAGGACAACACGGGAGGGGCUCUCUGGUGUGACGUUCCGGAGGAAUGAUGUUUCAUUUUCACGUCUCCAUAUUUUUCUUGCUUUGUUUACUUUUCGUUCC